AUGCUUAUGGGUCCACCAUUAUCUUACUCCUCUCCUGACAGCUUGAAAGACAGACGAACAUCUCAAGGAGCAGAGGAAUUCAGGGGUCAGAGACUGUUUCCCCACACCAUCGACUAUCAUGCCUAUGAAAAUCCGUGUCGCGUAUUAAAUUCCAUGCCAAGAACGCAAAAUAUUUCGGAUGGGUUUCGAGAUGUCGACAUGAAGGCGAUGGCUACCGCGGUCGACUUCAUGGCCUGGUGGUUAGAUGAAAGUUCUGGGUAUGUCGGAAUACCAGAUACCCGAUAUCCUGUUCUUUUGUUUGCAGCAAGCAAAGCUGGAUGGACGAAGCUGGCUGAUACAAUGGCAUUCAUGGUCAUCCCCACUUUCUCCACGACCGCUACUGCCGUUUGGGGUCCCUCUAUUAUGCCACCCAGCGGUCAGCUAGUGAGCUCCAUUAUGAAUCAGACGACAGUUAGAGCCCUUUAUAUCCCGUCAUCUACUAUUGAGCAGUGUUGGAAAUGCGACCCAGAUGCGCGCAAGAAGGCAGAGGAAUUCGACUGUGUGCUCUUUGGCGGCGGACCUCUAGCUCCAACUGUCGGGCAGAAACUCAGCGAAUUGACUGACCUUUGUCAAAUGUACGGCUCUAUUGAGAGCGGCCAGAUCCCGACGCUUGUUCCCCAGCCCGGAGAAUGGCAGUACCUUGAGUCCAAUCCUGCCGAAGAAUGUGAUAUGCAGGAGGUAGAGAAGGACUCCGGUCUUUAUGAGCUGCGCACCAAGGAUCUAUUCACUCCUCAGCCUACAAAGCCAGGCCUGUGGCAGUUCCACUCUCGCACUGUUGAUCUCAUCGCGCUAGGGACUAGUGCUAAAGUGUUUCCUGUUCCCAUGGAGACGGCUCUACAAGGAAAUCCUAAUAUCGCUUGCGCGCUAGUCGUUGGAAAUGCCCGCCCAGUGAUUGUCCUUAUAAUCAAGCCAGCACAGUCCAUGGGCGAUGUGAGCAAAGAGGAAUUUAUUGGCAAGAUAUGGCCCUCGGUUGUAGAAGCCAACGUCGCUGCACCCACCCAAGGCAAUAUCUCGCGAUCUGGUGUCCUCCUCACAGAUCCUGCUGUUGGUUUUACAAGAACCUCAAAAGGCACCAUUGCACACAAGAAGUCCGAGGCUCUUUACACGGCAGCUAUUGAUGCGGUGUUCCGGGACGGCAUUAUCAGCGAUAACAAAUCGACUAGUGCCUUUUGA